AUGCAUAUUCCCAAGGUCUUCUUUGGAGUUGUUGGAAAUGCCACUGCUCUGUUCCUCUUCUUGGCUCCCAUCAUCACAUUCAAGAGGAUCAUACAGAAGAGAAGCACAGAGCAGUUCUCAGGCAUUCCGUAUGUCAUGACUUUGCUCAACUGCCUCCUCUCCGCUUGGUAUAAUGCUUCUCGCUCCUUCAACCGCUUUCUAUAA